GAGAAAAUUAAUUAUGAAAGUGUACCAAACGUGGAAGAAAAUUUUAAAAGAGGAAAAAUUUACAGAAGAAAAAAAUGUAGAAGACGACGACAACGAACGACAAUUGAAGAAAUUUUGGUAAAAAAUAAAAAGGAAAUGCUGAAAAUUAUUGACAACCGAUUUUUGAAAAUGAAGAUGAACUUCGACGUCCAGCAGCAGACAAACGGUUAUGACUGCGGCGUCUUCACGCUUUGGUUCGCCAAAAUGAUAUUAGAAUAUAAUAAAAUUAAUUUUAAAGAAGAAAAGAACGAAGAUUUUAGAAUAAAGAUAUGGGUAGAAGGGAAGAAUCACUCACAAUUGAUGGCCUCCUUACCCUAA